UAGCCAUUUGGGCUCAAGGGGGUCGUUACCGUUACCGUCAAAAAUUGGUGAUUGGUCCAUCGGGGGAAUGGCCGUCGCCUUCCGCAUCGUCUUGGCCCUGCUGCCGCUGCUCUCUGGCGCCAUCGUCGUCAAGGAGCAUCCCGACUCCACCGAUGCCAAGGCCGUGGAGCAGCCCCAGCAGGUGGCCCUGAUCCAGCAGCACGCGGCCAUCGCCGCGCACAGCUCCGGGAUCCCAUUCAUCGCGACCUCGAUACAGCUGUCGCUGACGCAGAUCAUGCAGCCGGUCAUGGAGAAGCUGCACGCGCUCAAGGAGUGGAUCACCGAGCAGCUGACGGCGCUGGACAAGGGCCUCAACGCCACCUACGCCAUGCCCAGCGAGGCGCUCGAGCUGUUCGCGACCAAGUUCAGCACCAUCUUCGUGGCGGUCGAUGAGAAGCUGCAGCCGAUCACCAGCAAGCUGUCGGCGGCCAGCCCAGCCAUAGACGGCCUGAACAAGGUGCUGCAGGCCACCGGUGCCCCAGGCGUCGCGGACAAGAUCACCGAGGUGAUGGAUGCGAUGAGCAAGAAGGCCCAGGAGUACCAGAAGACUCUGAGCAGCAGCAUCGCCGUCGCAGACGGCCUGAAGAACCUGACCAAGAGCGACUGGCACUCGGCGGGCCCGAAGAUCCAGGAGCUCAAGGCGCGCCUGGACACCGGCGCGGCGGCGAUCAAGGCCUUCGGCGACGCGUUCCAGGCGAAGGUCGAGGAGGCGCUGGCGCUGCUGGCUGGCAAGCUGGGGGUGGAGGCGAGCAUGUUCUCCCCCGUGUCGAAAGCCGCCGGCGACGGUUGGCAGGACCUGGUGGGCGGUUCGUCGAUGCUGGCCGCCGGCGUGGUGUCCUCCGCGCAGGCGCUGCCCCCCCAGAUCCUGGAGGCCGCGCCCGAGGCCAAAGACAAUUCGGGAGCCGCGGCGGCCAGCGCCUUGGGCGCCUUCGCCGCAGCGGCCGCCUCGCUCGUGCUGUGAGCGGCCUCCUGAGAGGGUGGCCCCGCGUCACGCCGCGAGGUUCGGGACCAUGGCAGGAUCCUCGCCUCGCGGCGCCGCGCGGGCGUGCCUUCCCCCCCCCUCGCCAACCCACGGAGGCGCUUGGCCUGCCCCCCCCCCGCGGAAGAAAAAAAAACAGCGAAUUGCAUGUUUGUGGUUCGCUUACGUCCUUCAGUUUAUGUUCCAGUCUGUAAAAUUCUGCAAGUCGC